AUGGAUCUUCAAGCCAUGAAUCCCAGCUUAACUCAACCCGAUCGAAGAGUACUCGAGUUGCUACUUAACGAUGUACGACAAAAGAAUACAGCCAAUUCUUCGGACACUGCUGCAUAUCAAGAAAGCCAAGCUAAAAUCGACGAACAAAUUUCGAUUCUAGAAGCACUCAACGAUGAAAACGACGAGAAAUUCCAACCUACAGUAUUCACAACUUGGGAUCAAGAAGAUCUUGAGCGCCUUCCCGGUCCUUUAUACCAAUAUAUACUUAAGCCAUACAUACAAUGGGGGAAAGGAGUGGUACGUCGGCCAACGGAUGUUGUCUUCCUCACACAUAUCAUCCUUUACCUUACCACAUCGGUCCCGAGCGCUAUAAUUCUAUACAACCGAUUCUCCUUGAUACACGGAUUCUGCCAUUUGAUCAUGCAGGCUCUCUACUGUGGACCAUUCACGCUCAUGCUUCACAAUCAUAUUCAUAACAACGGAGUCUUGGUUAAGAAAUACGCAUGGCUCGACAAAACCUUCCCAUACCUUCUCGAACCUCUCAUGGGUCAUACUUUACAUUCAUACUACUACCAUCAUAUCAAAUGCCACCAUGUUGAGGGUAAUGGACCGGACGAUCUUUCUUCGACUCUGCGGUAUCAGCGGGACGAUAUAGUUGAUUUUCUAAAGUAUUGGGGUCGUUUCAUGUUCUUGAUCUGGCUAGAGCUCCCAUUGUAUUUUUUCCGGACCAAAAAGACCAAAUUGGCAUGCGAAGUACUCUUCUGGGAGGUUGGCUCAUAUGUGGGCAUGUAUACGAUGGCUAGGUUGAAUUUCUGGCCAACCCUCUUCGUGUUAUUGAUACCAUUCCUGCAAAUGCGAAUUGGAUUGAUGGUGGGCAACUGGGGUCAGCAUGCAUUGGUUGAUGAGAUUGAUCCGGAUUCAGAUUAUAGGUCAUCCAUUGUUCUGAUUGAUGUAGGGAGCAAUCGAUUCUGCUUCAACGACGGUUGGCAUACGGCCCAUCAUCUCAACCCACUUCGACAUUGGCGCGACCAGCCACUUAGUUACCUCAAAGGAAAGCAUAACUACGAUUCUGGCAAAGCUCUCGUCUUCCAAAAUAUCGAUUACAUUAUGAUGUUCGUUAAACUCAUGCAAAAGGACUAUGAACAUCUUGCUGGAUGUCUCGUCCCAACAGGAGAGAAUAUUGGGAAGAGCAAGCAGGAAUUGGCGGAUAUGUUGAGGACGAAGACCCGCAAAUUCACAGAGGAGGAUAUCCAGAAGAAGUUCAAAAGUAAAAAAGCCUCCUAG